ACAGGGACCGGAAAAAAAAAAAAACACCGUCCAUUCACCGAGCUGAACCGAAUUUAACAGCGGCUAACAAUAAUAAGAUGGGUGAGGUGUGUGCAGAUGCUGUCACCCUGAAUCUGCUUAGAGAAGCCAGGGAGACGGUGAGGAGCAGUCCGCUGGGCGUCAUCGACACCCCCACGAUCUCCUGGGGCCAGACCACGCUGCCCAUGAGCGGCAGCAUCCACAUCAAACUGGAAAACAUGCAGAGAACCGGGUCCUUUAAAAUUAGAGGUGUUGCCAAUCAGUUCUCCAGGAGACCGAAGGGUGGCUGUUUUGUGACCAUGUCUGCAGGGAAUUAUGGGAAGUCCUUUGCGUACGCCUUGAAACACUACGGCUCCAAGGGAAAGGUGGUUAUGCCAGAAACGGCCCCAGAGUCCAGGGCCAUCCUUAUCCAGAGUUUUGGGGUGGAAGUAGAGCGAGUUCCCACAUCGUCCAUGAUGAGUGUGGUGAACCGUUGUGUGCAGGAGGACAACAUGACCUUUCUGCACUCCUAUGACGACCUGGAUCUAAUAGCCGGACACGCCAGCCUGGGCUUUGAGGUGCUGGAGGUGGUCCCGGAGCCGGAUGUGGUGGUGGUCUGCUGUGGUGGGGGUGGGCUGCUUGCCGGGGUUGCUGUUGCCAUCAAACUUUCAGGGUGCACUAAAACGAGGAUCUACGGUGUGGAACCAGAAGGAGCCUGUACCAUGUACCAAAGUUUCAUUGAGAAGAAACCAGUGUGGAUGGAAGCAAAGAGCAUUGCCUCUGGUCUUGCACCUCCUUCUGCAGGCCGGCUACCUUUCGAGCUGUGUCAGCUCUACGUGGAACAGAUCGUCCUAGUGAACGAAGAUGAUAUCAAGGCAGCAGUCUCCACCCUCUACAGAGCCGGGCUCGUGGUCGAGCCGUCGGGUUCCGCCGCCUUCGCUGCGCUGGUCAACAACAAGAUACCCGACCUGGAGGGGAAGAACGUCGUGUGCAUCCUCAGCGGAGGGAAUGUUGGAAAAGAUGAGCUGUCCAACUUUCCAGACUGAACAAACAUGUUCCAACAGAAUUGUCCUUAAAGUGUUUCUACACAUUUUUCAAGUGAAAAGUCAAUCUUUCCGAUUUCUCAGUACUUUCACACCAAUUUUUUUUAACUAGAAAUAAAAACCAGCACCAUAAAUUUAUAGCAGCCCCUUAAGAAGUGACUUUUUAUUGAACAGCAGCACAAAACACUGUUCAAACAUGAGCUUGAAUUUUAGAGCACAAGGCUUGUAAAAAUGUUAAAACCGAGGGUUUUCUUCCAGUUUACACGUAGUAAAUGUGUAACUGAAAGUGACGCAAAAUAUAAGUCACUACCGAUGAAGACAUACAUCCAGAAGACCAAAGUAUUGACUGGCCGACAAAAAGCCCCAAGUUGAAUCUUAUUAAAGAUCAGUGGGGUGAACUGAAGAUGAAGGUCCAUACCAGAAGUCCACUGAAUCGGAAGAAGCUAGAGGAAUUUCCCAUGAGACGUGUCAGAGACUUGUUGAAAACCACAACAAAUGACUCCAGGCUGUUAUCCAACAAAAAAGGGGGAUGAGUGUUUGUGCUACAGCACAAUAUAAAGGUCAGUUCUUAAAGGGGCUGAUAGUGUCGACCCUAGCAGUUUUUUGGUUUGGUGGAAUUAUUCUGUUUCUGAACGCAAAGUAAAUGAAAGUAAGCACCAAAAUAAAUCUAUGAUUUUUGAAAAA